CUGGUACUCGAUACAGUAACGAAAAUACUCGAGUAAUACACAGUCAUUAACAAGUGCUACUACACACGCGUAUAAAGUAUCACAACAAAAUGAAUACUAUUUUGGCAGUGUUCAUCGCUUGUGUUUUACCUUCAGUAUUUACUGUUACUCGUACAUUCACUAUAGACGAGAAUUGGGUGUGCAACGUGAAACGGUCGUGCUUAGAGUGCCUAAGGCUGAGUCAGUGUUCUUGGUGCCAAGCGGAAAAUAGAUGCUUUUCAAGGAAAUUGCCUACUUUUGAAGAUUUUUGUAGAGAUAAUUCAACAGAAUAUCAAAAUUAUAGAUUAAGUUUUAUGGACAACGCGAAGUGUUCAUGUGCCGGAGGCCACUUGGAAGAGAACUGCUACCCUCCGGGAGUGACGGAGGGCCCGAAAUGCACUGGUCGAGGUGCAUGCAUCUGCGGCCGCUGCGCUUGCAACCCCAUGCCUGACCCGGAACACCCUACGAAGAUGGUGAUGGGUGAAUUUUGUGAAUUCGAUAACUUCUCCUGCGAAGGGCCGCGAUGCAACGAAGGACCGUUUUUACACAAUGAUAUAAAAAACUUGAAUAAUGAAACGGUUGAGGAAAACGCCGAAGAAUAUUAAUACAAUUUAUUUAGGUAUAGGUUUUUUUAUGUAGGUUUGUGCGGAUUUUUUUUUGUUUCUGAAACACACUACAUACCAUUUAAAUAGUCAUAAUACUUAUCAUAAAAUAUUAUAAAUAGAAUAGAUGGAAUAAA